AAGUUCUGAAAUUGGGUGGGCUUCACACAGCCAAAUGCAAGUUUGCGGUGGAAUCUUGAACAUGCAAUCGGUUUUAUGGUGAGAAUGUUCUGAUGGCGUAAUGAAUUCAUGGGACUGAUCAACCCAAGCAAGGUCUCUUCUGUUCCAAUCUUCUGUCAAGUGUCAACGUGUGGUGGGCUGGUGGGAAUUUUAAGCUGAUCUCCAUCUGGUAUGUUGAGUUUAAUUUAGGAUAUUUUCUUCCUUCCUCACAUUUGGUGGAGGAAUUUGUCUAUCCUUGUAGGAAAUUUUGAUGAUGAAAGCUAAGUCUGUCGUAUAGGAUAAUUUUGAGGAAUUCUCUGUAUAGUUUCACAUAUAGAUGCUAGUGGGCCUUUGCCCUUCUGAAGUAGGGUUAGUACUUUGUCCUGCUGAAGUAGUCUCUCUCUCUUUGAAGUAGUGAGUUAGUACGGAUUAGUUCCAUUAGAGCUUGCUUUAUUAAUUUAAUUUUAAUUUUUUAAGUCUGCUGUGGAUGGCUAGUCAUUUAAUGCAUUAUACUCUGAACUUUAGGAAUAUAUUGUCACAUUGUCCCUAUCCCUCAUAAAUAAAUAAGGAUCGACGACGAUUUCACUUUAAUAUCCUGUAUGAUAGUUGUUUAUUCUUCCUGUCUACCCCACUCUUUAAGUGGGUGUAUGUUUCUCAACUCGGUCAUAAUCUAUUUUUUAGACAUCCCAAGAUAGUUGGUGUGAAUAUGAUUUUUGCAUGUUUUUUGUUAUGGUAGAAAGGAUCAUAGAAUUAAGCUAAAUUAGAGUUUGUUACAAGAGUUUCCCUGCUAGCAAGUAUAUGCAGAGCAUAUUAGUCAUCCAUAGCACCUUUUGCAUCACAUAUUACCGAGAUCAUGCUCACUUUUUUUCUCGUCAAAGUUGCUUGUUCUUUGAGAGCAGGUUGCCUCAUUAUCUAGAGCUUUUUUGUUUGGUAAUUGGAUAGUUGGUUUCUUAGGGGGACUCUUUUCAUGCCACAAUGACACUACUAGAGUACUAGCUACUCCGUACCUGUACUAUUCGUUCAUUAUAUGGUUUAUUUCAUUUCGUUUUGUAGCCAUGGAUUGGCUGAAUUCAACCCCUCUUCUGUCCUCUUGUUUUUCUCUCUUGCCUUUUCAAUGAUUCUUGAUUUCGUUUCUUGAAGGAAUGGCCAGAUGCCUUUAUUUUCUUCCUUUACAAAGAAAACCUCGUAUUCUCGCCACAGAGACGUAUGCCAAGACUUCAUUGCCAAUUGAGUGAUACGGCGUCUGUGCAUUUUUAGUAGCAAAAGUGAAGCUUGCCGGGUCAAGAUUUGAACCGAGUAACUACAAUUAAUAGUAAGACUAAAAAUAAAUUAAAAAAUCAUUUCACUUAAUUGCCACUUGUACUAAGCUUUGAAAAACGUUACUCCAAAGUCCAAAGGAAUGCUACUCGUAUUAGAAUAAGACGUAGUGAGGCACAUAGCACAUGUAUUAGUUCUACUACGUAUAUUUUUCACAAGUAACUUCGUACAUUUAUUAUUUGCAUACACUAAAAAAAUACUACAAUCAUAAUUUGAAAGUACAUACAAGUACAAUAUGCACGAUAUGCUGGAAGUACAAUAUUUGUGGCAAUAAAAGUAAAUUUUUAGCCACAGAUAUCGUACGUAUUUAUAUGGUAUAUACGGAGUAGUUUAGUUGGUAAAGUAUGCUUGUUUCUAACACCAAUUUGGUUGAUAACAUGCUCAACAUAGUAGGAGUUUGUUACGAAGUGUCUUACAAUCUUGCCAUCUCACAACAACAGCCGAAAAAAAAAAAGAAAAAAAAAAGAAUAAAAGGAUGAUAAGGGAGAGAUUUAGAAGGGGAAGGAAUAGAAAAAAAAAAAAAAAAAAAAGAGCUGUCCAAUUUGUCUGUCUCAAAAAAAGAAGAAAGUGAACUAAUUCUUGUUGCAAUGAUUUAAUUUAAAAAUCCCAACGUUCCCAUUUUCAAAAACCGAAUUUUAUUGGAGCCAAAUUUCCUUUCUAUAACAUAACUUUUCCGUGUCACUUUUACUCCCAAGUCCCAACUAACCCCUUAUUCUUCACUUCUUCUACCUUUAUUUCACCCAUUUGAUCAUAUUCACAAAACAUACCUAGCUCCCUCUUUCCACAGAGAAGGAGGGGGAUCAAGCACGAUUUAGCAAGCGAGCUCGAGAGAGGCAUACAAGGGUAAUGGGGUGGACCUUAUUUGCAUGUUUUGGUGGUACAAAUAAGAGAAAACGGCCGAAGUCAGCCUCUAAAUUUGGCUCCAAAAGCAGAAGAAGAAUUCGGGGAUAUGAGCCAUUGCAUUCGGAUAAUUCUAAAGUGCUGGACGCACCACAAACCCUCGGCGGCACAAGGGAGAAGCCGAAAGAUGAAACGAAGACAAGGAUCAGAAAGAAAGUGAGGUUUAAUUUGGAGGUGGUAACUUAUGAGCCGCUGAGCUCACAAGAGGAUGACCAUGAUGAUAACAAUUGGGAAGAAAGAGGCGACGAAAAAACAGAUCAAGCAACAGCAGCAGUAGAAGCCUGUCUAAUCUGUGCACCUCUCAGUAAAACUAUCUCAACUGAAUCAAAACUGCCAUUGUACUCAUCAAACUACAGAUACAACUGUUGUUAUGAUGGUGAAGAUGAAUAUGACGAGGUUGAGGAUGAUGAUGAUUAUGGUCAGCUAAGUGAUGAUGAAGAUGAUGAUGACGACAUUGAUAAUGAUUAUGAAGAUGAUGAUAGUUGCACGAUUGAUCCUCAGAGCACAUACAAUGAGAAAGUAACUGAGGAACUUCGCGAUUGUUCUUCUGUGCCUCUUAUCAGUUCUGCAACAAACGCUCGACUAAGGAGCCACUACAUAGUACCGGUGCUGAACCCUAUAGAGAACCUUUCUCAGUGGAAGACAGUUAAAACAAGGAAAUGCUAAUUUUGAGUGUGAGUGUGAGUGUGUGCAUGAUUCUAUUUUCCUAUUCCUCAAAAUGAUUAUUUUGUUUGUGUUUGUGUAUGGCCAAGUUUUACUGAUCAACAUACAAGCCAGUAUUCCCCUCCUGUAAUCAACAGAUUAUUUUUGGCCUGAAAGAAAAAUAUUUUGGGUGUAAAACAAUUCCAAUGCUUAAAACCAAUGCCAGGAUAAUACACAAAAA